AUGAGCAUGGCAUCCCAACCAACGCCCCAAUCAGCUUCAGAUCGGCUAUACACCAGCCCCCCAGGCGUAUACGCCCAGAACUUCUCUCCGGCACCAAGCCAAGGUGCAAAACAGCCACGAAGACAAUCUAAUGAUCCUUACGCAAACUUCUCCAAGCGCGAACGUACCGUUCGCGGUCAACGAGUAGGAAACAAGGUAAUCGUGGACAAACGUGUUCCUCUCCCCCCUCAAGGACAGUACAAGGCGGCAGAUCCCAGCAGAUCUAGGAGUGUACGACAUAGUCCUAGAAGAGCUGGCAGUGUGCAGGAUCGUAUUGAUCGGUCCUAUACCGUUUCUCCUCUUACAGAGGAUGAAAGGAACGUUCCUCAUGUGGACAUCCCAUCGCAUGACGAGUAUGCCCGUUGGAUAUAA